CCCGACCAGCGCCAGAAGGGGUCCUCACGGCCGUGUUUUUAGGUGACUUCAUAAAAUGCCUGCUCGGGAGCUUUUUUCUUUUUUCCCAAGAUGGCGUCUAUGAGGGAGAGUGACACCGGCCUGUGGCUUCACAACAAGUUGGGCUCCGCUGACGAGCUGUGGGCGCCCCCGAGUAUCGCCUCCUUGCUCACCGCCUCCGUCAUAGACAACGUGCGGCUGUGUUUCCAUAACUUGUCCUCCGCCGUCAAACUGAAGCUGCUGCUGGGGAUCCUGCACCUCCCGCGGCGCACAGUGGAUGAGAUGAAAGGCGCACUGACAGAAAUCAUUCAGCUCGCCACUCUAGAUUCUGACCCCUGGAUCCUGAUGGUCGCGGAUAUCCUAAAAUCCUUCCCUGACACAGGAUCCCUGAAUCUCGAUCUCGAGGAACAGAAUCCGAAUGUGCAGGACAUAUUGGGGGAGCUCAGAGAGAAAGUCAGUGAAUGUGAAGCAUCUGCCAUGCUGCCACUUGAAUGCCAGUACCUCAACAAGAAUGCCCUGACCACCCUAGCUGGACCCCUCACGCCCCCAGUGAAACAUUUCCAGCUCAAAAGAAAACCAAAAAGUGCCACACUCAGAGCAGAGCUCUUACAGAAAUCAACAGAAACUGCACAGCAGCUGAAGAAAACGGCAGGGGUUCCAUUUCACUCAAAAGGACGAGGCUUGGUAAAAAAACUGGACACAACAACUCCUCUCAAAGGUAUACCAAAGCAGGCACCCUUCAGGAGUCCAACCACACCAAGUGUAUUUAGUCCGACCGCUAACAGAACACCUAUAGCGCCCUCCAGAACGCCCUUGCGCAAGGAGAGAGGUGUAAAGUUACUAGACAUAUCUGAGCUGGACACGGUCGGUGGUGGUCGGGAAGCGAAGAAGAGAAGGAAGACUGUAGAAGCAGAAGUUGUUGAAAAACCACCAAAGGAGGAGACUGUAUUGGAAAACCCUACUCCAGACUAUGCUGCUGGCCUUGUCUCUACACAGAAACUGGGUGCCUUGAACAAUGAGAGUGCACUUCCAUCUACAAGCUAUUUGCCAGCAACUCCCAGCGUGGUGCCAUCCUCCUCCUAUAUUCCAACGUCUGAAGCACAGCAAGCCGGACCAGUACGGGAAGCCUUGCAAGCAACAAGGCAGCCAGAGGAGCCCACAGCAGCCAACACUACUCUUCCAACACAGUUUAAACAAAGGACGCCAAUGUACCAUAGCAAUCCAAAUGCUGCCACCACUACCCCUUCUCCUGCAGCGACCCCUACCUCUCCAUUAACUCCUGCUGCCACUCAGGCAGCAACCCCAGCGGCACAGGCUCCCCAGAUAACCACUCAAACGCAGCCGCAACCCAAGAAGAACCUUUCUCUCACGAGGGAGCAGAUGUACGCCGCACAGGAGAUGUUCAAGACGGCAAACAAAGUCACAAGGCCAGAGAAGGCUCUUAUUCUUGGCUUUAUGGCUGGAUCCAGAGAGAAUCCUUGCCCAGAACAAGGUGAUAUCAUUCAAAUCAAACUCAGCGAAUACACAGAGCAAUUGCCAAAGGCAGACGGUACAGGCAGCACUACUAUGUUAGUCGACACAGUGUUUGAAAUGAACUAUUCUACUGGCCAGUGGACCAAGCUCAAGAAGUACAAGCCAAUAACCAAUGUCUCUUAAGGAAUUCCCAGAAUUCUCCUGUGGACCAAAAAAAAAAAAAAAUCCAGAUCCAACCGUGCUAUCCACAGUAACUGACUGAUAAGAAAAACACAGGUCAUUGCUGACCAGGAGAAGGACAUUUCCUUCAGCUGGAUAAGGAACAGAUGCCUUCCCAACCAGACUGAUCUCUGCGUAUUUCCCACAAUUCAUAGAGGACUUCUUAACGGUGAUUGGCCAGUUUUGUAUUAAAGAACAGAGUUUUAAUGUUGAGUUAUUCAGUUGGAUGCGCUUUAACUGCCCUCCUUGGACCCGGAUGUGUUACCCCUGCCCCACCCUGACUCCCCCCCACCUCCUGCACUACACCCCCUCCCAUGGCUUCACAUGAGCUCUGUGAUAUAAGGAAAUUGCAUUACACGGUUUCAGCCUGCAUUUCUUCUUAAUGCAGCACUUGCAACCAGAACAACCUCCUUAUAAAAGGAUUGACCCCUAACCCCCAAGCAGCAGGAAGAGUUCUGAUUUUCCCCUUAUUUCACAUAUUAGUCGCUAUUGUUACAUGUUUUGGGCAUCUUUAUGCUGGUCAUUGGAUGUCAAUAAAAGCCCCUUAGUUUAAAUUAGUGCUACAAAUAUUUCAUAGGACUGAUUCAGGGAUGCCAAACUCUCAGAUGUAGCUGAGGAUGCUGGGAGUGUUUUGGCAAUGAAUGACAAGCAGUGAGUGGGAUUAUACCUACAUCAGGAGAUUGUAGCUUUAUAUUCAGCUGCCUGCCCCCCCCCCCCCCCCCCUUCCAUACCGUCCAUGUUUCCUUCUUAUAGCUUUCUACUGCUAGAGAACAAUCACAGUGUAUAGUCACAGCAAUCCAAUUGCUACUCCAUGGGGGGGAGCACGGAAUUUAUACCCCAACCAUCUUAUUUGUACCACUGCCCAAUAGCAAUGGGUCAGAAAUAGAUUCGCUUAGUAAUGGUGCUGGCUCUGCUUCAGCUCAUGUAAAAGCAUAGAAGGAGCGCGCAAUAGGAUGGGCAGCUCAGACUGUGCGUGCUUAUUGCCAUGUAUACUGAGCAGCUGCUCCCCCUAUUGGUGCCUCGGCUGCAUUGCAAAAGUGAACCAGUAUUGAGCCCAGAGUGCCCUGCAAUAAAUCUGCCGGGUCCAUUUGUAAAGUGUGAUGUGUGUAUUGGAGCAGUUACAAAGGCAAGCAUCCCCGUUAGUGUGCUCAGUAUCGUACAUUCCCCCUCCAGUAUUUAUUCUCCUCCCAUGUGUGCAUUGGAUUCCUCACCAGUUCUGCCCACUGCGCUCUGGGGCCCUCCAGCUGUGCCUUGUGCCCUGCUUGUGUGUAGGUGGCACAUUGGGGCUAAUUCUGCUGCAAGAACCCAGUGCAGCCAUUGGUUUAUUGGUGCCCCUAUCACUUUAAUUGGCUUCACUCGUAAACCAGAUGUUAGGGGUUCUUGUGAUUUUUAGGAGAAAAAAAAAAAACCCAAUACUUGUGUAAAUAUUUUUUUUUUAACUCCUCCCCCCCCCCCCCCCCCCAUUAUUUUAUUGGCGGCGGUGGUGGUGUAGUAUUGAGCCUGGGACUUUUAAUGCCUUGUUACAAGAGGCGAUUGUACCAUUAUUGGAGUGGUUAUGUGUUUAGGGCAAUGGGGCGUGUAUGUUCCUCACACAUGUACGUGGGCAAAAAUAGCUCUUUUGUGCCCCCCCCUCUUUUUUUUUUUUUUUUAGUUGCAGGAAAUGUUGUUCUCAUUCUUAUUGGUUUUUGCACUAGAGAGGAGCAAAAUGGCUGUGUGUUUAGUCAAUGCGGAAUUAGGACCUAUUUAAGGGAUGGAAACUUGCCACAAAAAAAACACAUUUGUGUCUGAAAUGCUCUCCUGUUAUAGAAUGUAGGUGUGUUUGUGUGGGUUUUAUUAGCAGCUCUUCCUGCCGUGUCCCUGUGCCCUCAGUGUGGCCCCUGCGCUGCCCGGCUCCAUGUGGUGAAGUUGCUCCUACAGGGGCUGAUCUAAGCCACAGACUCUUCCAGACCAACCCAGCUUUUUAUUGCCCCAUGUAUGGGUGCAUCCUAACUGCCUGCCCAACUGGUAUCCGGCUGAAAAUCAGCCACGUAUCGGGCAGGUAACAAUCUCACUGGGUGAGGACCACAUUGGCACGUCGAUAGGAGCCCCUCUAGACUCUCAUUAUGAUCUGAUUAUUGGCCCGUGCGGCCAACCAAUCAGAUCAUCAUUGUUUGGCACAGUUCUUGAUAGCAGAUAUGCUCUCAUUUGUCCAUCUGGUGUGUUAUGCCCACCAUUAGGGUGAAGACACACUGGGCUACUAGUAGCAGCUACUUGUCAGGGCUACUAAACUCCAGAAAACCCCCUGCCAUAGACAAUACUGAGAAUUGCCUCUGCUAAAACACACGUAGAGACAAUGAUCAGCAUUGUCUAGUAGCCACGAUAAGUAUUGUCUUCUCCCUUACUGUCCAGUGUCAUUGCUGACAGGACAUGGUACCUGCCCUUGGCUUUCUAGAUAUAGAUCCCAUUGCUUAUCCGGACUUUGUUUAAAGUGGGGCUUUCUCCGUGUAUGGAGGUGUGGUUUCUGCAUUGCCCUUAUGGUAGCGUUCUCUUUGUUUUUGGUGUUGCGGUGGCAUUAUGGGAAGGCCACCCUGAUACUGCCUAAUGGUAGGCACUCACUGUGCUGGGCACCAAAAAACAAAGCUGGCACUGACCAUAUGAGCUAACUAGGUGGAGCUGGGCAGCUCGCGGUGCUGGCACGUGAUUGGAGAAUCCUGGGUGCAUGUGUAAUGAAGGAACAUCUCCAUCACAGAGGAACACAGGAACCAGGGGAAAGGGAAUGAUGAGCACAAACAAAACAACCCACCAACUUCCAAACAGAAGUCAUUGAAGCAAAUGCAGAUAAGCUCAGGGAAGUGCUAUCCGGAGGGCUUUAUCCCCCCUGUAAACAUCAGCCUUGGACCUGUUGUGAUACUAAUAAUGGAUCAAUAACAUACAAUGUUAUCUCUGCUUUUGUAAUGUGUCGGUGGGCGGAGCCUUGUUGCUUUGUCGGGUUACUUGUAAAUGUGUCUUGUCUUUUCCUCUCCCAUUCGCCGCUCACUUAUUUAUAUCCCAUAUCCGCGAGGAGCACGGCCGGACCCCUCUGAAUGUACCGCGGCCGGUCUCGUUGGACUGAGGGAACAAAAGGAAAACUGCAAACAAAUCAUUUUGGAAUCCAAAGCCUUCAAUGAGAAUUGCAUUUUGUAUAAUGUUACUUGUGUAGCAUAGCCUCUAUGUUUUCUAUUGGUUUCCUUUUUGUACAGUUGUAUAGAGUCGCUCUGCUGUCUUCAGUGUAUCACGGUGUGUGUACAAUAAUCUAGAUUUUCUAAUUA